UAUACUUUAUCGCAUGCCUCCUGUGAGCCAGCAGGACAUACGAAGCGGUAACGCGCAUGGUGCGCAGUCAAGAAGUGGAUGGUAAUCUGGUGCGGACGAAAAUUUCAACGCGCUCCCGUGUGUUUGUGUAACGAAAAUGUGAUAAGAUAACACACUUGAUACGUGUAUACAUACAAAAAAUACGACUAGCUUCUUUGUGCGAAAAAAUUAAACGAGUUAGUUGUGAUUGGCUAAAAUGACAACACUGGAACUGUACACUAAGGGUGCAAAAGUAUGGAUCCCGCACACGGAAAAGGUAUGGGAGGCGGCCGAACUGACCGAAGACUACAAGCCCAACAACGCGUCUCUGAAAGUGCUAACCGAAGAAAACGAAGAGAAAAGCUUGGCGCUAAAAGCCGAGAGCGACCUGCCGUUUUUGCGUAACCCCCAGAUUCUCAUCGGCGAAAAUGAUCUCACCUCUCUGUCGUACCUGCACGAACCUGCCGUGCUCUACAACUUGCAGGUCAGGUUCUGCCAGCACAAGGAUAUUUACACCUAUUGCGGGAUCGUGCUGGUCGCCAUCAAUCCCUACGAUGAUCUGCCGAUAUAUGAUAUCGAUACGAUCCAAACUUACCGGGGCCAGGCGAUGGGCGACCUGGAUCCGCACAUCUUCGCCGUCGCCGAGGAAGCGUACACGAAGCUGGAGCGCGAGCAACGCGACCAGAGCAUCAUCGUGUCGGGGGAGAGCGGCGCUGGCAAGACGGUCUCUGCCAAGUACGCGAUGCGGUACUUUGCCACCGUGGGGGGUAACGCCACGGAGACGCAGGUCGAGAAGAAAGUGCUGGCCAGCAGCCCCAUCAUGGAAGCUAUUGGUAACGCUAAAACGACAAGAAACGACAACAGCUCAAGGUUCGGAAAAUUCAUAGAACUCCAAUUCAACAAGCAAUUUAACAUAAGCGGCGCUUCAAUGAGAACGUACCUCCUGGAAAAGUCCAGGGUGGUGUUCCAGGCACCCGACGAAAGAAACUACCACAUUUUCUACCAACUGUGCGCCGCAAGGAAAACUCUACCAGACCUCCAUCUCGAUCACCAAAACACUUUCAACUACUUAAACCAAGGACAAAGUCCAGAUGUAAGCGGCGUCGAUGAUUUGGAGGCUUUUGAGGAAACGGUAAACGCUUUGACAAUGCUGGGAUUUACUGGAACUGAGCAAAAUGAUAUGUUCAAAAUUUUGGCGUCAGUUCUGCAUUUGGGUAACAUACAAUUCGGUGAUUGCAUCAUUAAAACACACAACGAGCAGGAUCAGGAAGGAUGUGGAAUCAAACCCAAGGAUAAACAUCUAGGCAUUCUAGCAAAUUUACUUGAAAUAGAUGAAGGCGAGAUGAAAAAAUGGCUGUGCACAAGAAAAAUCGUUUCCAUGAGAGAGGUUUUUUUAAAACCAAUGUCUGUAGGAGACGCAAUUAUGUCCAGAAAUGCUCUAGCAAAGCAUAUUUAUGCUGAACUAUUUAACUGGAUUGUGCUUGUUAUAAACAAAGCGUUGGAGUCCAAUAUUCCAAGAUACAAAUUUAUAGGUGUUUUGGAUAUCUACGGUUUUGAAACAUUCGAGACAAACUCAUUCGAGCAGUUUUGUAUUAAUUACGCAAACGAGAAGUUACAGCAACAAUUUAACAUGCACGUGUUUAAACUUGAACAGGAAGAGUACAUCAAAGAAGGCAUUGAAUGGAAAAUGAUCGAUUUUUACGACAAUCAACCUUGCAUCGAUCUCAUUGAAGCCAAACUUGGUAUUCUGGACUUACUUGAUGAAGAAUGCAGGAUGCCGCGAGGUUCAGACGCAUCAUGGACAGAAAAACUAUAUUCAAAAUGCAUGAAAUACUCCCACUUUGCUAAGGGUCGUUUCGGUCAAUCGUCCUUCGUUAUAAACCACUUUGCUGAUAAGGUUCAGUAUGAAAGCAAUGGUUUCUUGGAGAAGAACCGUGAUACGAUAAUCGAAGAACAAAUAAAUGUUAUAAAAUCCAGCAGAAAUAAUUUGGUUAAACGUUUGUUCGCAAGUGAUUCACAAAAAUUGGCACCCAGUAAUACUAGAGUAAAAAUAAUACCGUCUAAACAAGCUCCUUCAUCGCAAAAAACCCACAAGAAGUCUGUCGGUUCUCAGUUCAGAGAUUCCUUAAAUUUACUUAUGGCGACUUUAAAUGCUACUACCCCGCACUAUGUAAGAUGUAUUAAACCAAACGAUACAAAAACCGCUUUUGAAUACAACCCUAAAAGAGCAGUACAACAGUUGCGAGCUUGCGGUGUUCUAGAAACCAUAAGAAUAUCUUCCGCUGGAUUCCCAAGUAGAUGGACUUACAUCGACUUCUUCUACAGAUACAGAGUACUGUGUAAAUUCAACGAUAUUAACAGGACCAACAUGCAGAAAACCUGCGACAAUAUUUUAACUCAAUACAUUAAAAACCAGGAUAUGUAUCAGUUUGGUAAAACCAAGAUAUUUUUCCGUGCUGGACAAGUUGCCUACUUGGAAAAACUGAGAGCUGACAAGCUCAAACAAUGUUGUGUUAUGAUGCAGAAGACGGUUAGGGCCUUUAUUUGGAGAAAAACAUAUCUUAGAAUUAAGAGAUGUACCGUUAAUAUACAACGAUAUGGGAGAGGAUUGCUCGCAAGAAGGCUGGCAACGAAAAUACGAAGGGAACGCGCAGCAAAAACGAUACAACGUUACGUGCGAGGCUGGGUAAAACGUGUGCAAUACCAGCGACUAAAACGCUGCACCACCGGGAUCCAGAGUCGCUCCAGAGGCUACUUGGCAAGAAUACGUUUCAUGAAAUUGAAAUACAACGCCAAGGCGAUUAUCAUACAGAAAAACGUGCGAGGAUGGCUGGCUAGACGCGAAAUGCAGAAACGAAAUAAGAGAAUCGUUAUCUGUCAAGCAGCUGUUAGACGAUUUCUGGCUAGAAGGCAGUAUAAGAAGAUGCGCAUCGAAGCGAGAUCUAUUGAGCAUGUUAAAAAGCUCAACAAAGGUUUGGAAAACAAAAUUAUCAGUCUGCAACAGAAAAUACAGGAUCUUAAUAAGAGUAACAACGAGAUGAAGUCGUACCAAAACGAAGUUAAAGAGUUGAAGAAUAGGAUGAUCACAUUUAAGGCGUUGGAAAUUGAGAUUAAGAACCUCAACAAUCUUCUGAUGGAUAAAAAUAAGAAGAUGGAUAAAAUGUCGGAAGAACUACAAGCAGAAAAGGACGACAAAAUGGAUAUUAUCAACGAACAUGAUAAAUUUAAAGAUGAAAUGUUAAAACAACAAGAAUUGUAUGCUCAAGAAACGCUAAAACUACGCAAAGAAUUGGAUAAUAUUAACGAGAUAGUAAAGGUGAACCAAAAGGGAGCCGAAGAGAAUCUUAAAACGCGUCUCGAGGAAGAAAAGAACCUUAUCAUGAAUAAGGAAGACAGCGACAUACAAGCCUACCAAAAACUUCUGCAAGAGUAUCAUUGCCUUGAGCAACAUUGCGAAGAUUUAGAGAAACAAAUACAGCAAAAUCAAAAUCACCAUACUCACAAGAGAAACAUAAGCGAUAUAAGCAGCAUAUCCACUGUCGAUGAGCACUUCUUGAACUCGGAUCUCCCUGAAGAUCAUGGGUAUGGUUCUGUGAGAUCUACGUCUAGUCACAACAGGGAGAGAGUGGAUAACAUCGACUGGAAGACAGACAAUACCAGUGAAUCUCAAACACCUAGUAGCACUAGCGAUACGAAGCAAGAAACAUCGGAACCUCAAGAUCCAGACACUAAAGUCGACCUCGGUCUCGUGCUGAAGCUUCAACACAAACUUUCAGCUAUGGAGCGCGAGAAGCUGCGCAUGCAAAAACGCCUAGACGAGCUCGACAUGUCGCCGAGAGUGGAGCGAGCCGAGACGGCAGCUAAUGACGCCGUUAGGAUUUCGGAGUUGGAGCUUUGCAAUUCCAACCUCAAAGCGCAGCUGAUGGAGCUGAGAAGCAGUAUUAGCGACGGUUCCGAGAAGAUCAAGCUUCAAGAACAGCACCAACUAUUGCAGACCGAGUUGGAUAGGAGGAUUGAAGAGGUGAUUCAAUUGAAGAGCGUUUUGGCCAACCAGACAAAUAAUAUGAAGUCUAUUGUUAAUUCCAACUCGAGAAUGGGAACUCCUAAGAAAAAAGCAGGCGAAUACAUAAACGAGGAUGGAGAACUCACAUUGGCUUACGAAACCCAGAAAACCAUUAACAAGCAACUGGAGUUGGAACUUCAGGAUGAGAAAGCAAAGUACAAAGCCCACGAAAAAGAAUACAAAUACGAAAUCGAAAAGCUUAGGGAAGACAACGAGAGACAGCAACGAAUUUUGUCGGCAAAUCUGACAACAACGUCUCAAUCUCAAAGCGAAAAUUUCAUGCAACACGAAAUCACAAGACUGGCCGCAGAAAAUCUCGAUCUGCACGAUAAAAACGAGAAUUUAACUGUAAGCGUGCAGAAGUUGAAGAAAUACGUUAAAAUAUUAACGAAGAAAAUCAAGGAGGCGGGCUUAGAUUUAGAGGAUACUGUUAAUUUGGAGGAUAAUAACAAUAAAAUUGCUGCCAAGCACAGUAGGGCUAUACCUUCCAUAAGAAAGAAGGAUCGGGAGUAUUUGGGGAUGUUUUCUUAUCCAGAAGGACAGGAGAAUGGUAUUAUGAAGCAUCUGGUCUUAGAACUUAAGCCAAGAACAGCAGUGGCUUUACUGCCAGGCCUACCAGCCUAUAUAAUAUUUAUGUGCAUAAGACACACAGACUACACAAACGACGACCAAAAAGUCAAACUGCUUCUCUCGGCAUUCACCAACUCGGUAAAGAAAGUUAUAAGAAAGAACCACGAGAACUUUGAAUCGAACGCUUUGUGGUUAUCGAAUACUUUGCGUUUGGUGCACAACAUGAAACAAUACAGCGGUGAUAAGGCGUUUCAGGGCAAAAACACGGCAAAACAAAACGAACAAUGUCUGAGAAACUUCGAUUUGUCUGAGUAUAGGCAGGUAUUGUCGGAUAUAGCUGUAUGGAUCUACCAGGGACUCAUCAAGAGUUUCGAGGAGAAAAUACAGCCACUUAUCGUGCCAGCGAUUUUGGAACAUGAGGAAAUUGCUGGUUUAAGUGGUAGCAAGCCCAGUGGGUUUAGAGGUAGACAGAGUAGUGUUUCGAGGGAAUUGGAAAGCCCUGUUAAUAACCAAAAACCUACAACUGCUCUAUUGCAGGAACUUACAAACCAUCAUAAGAUUUUGACAUUCUACGGGGUGGAUCCAGAGGUAAUCUCGCAAGUUUUCAAGCAAAUAUUCUACUUCCUUUGCUCAUCAAGCCUAAACAACCUUCUAUUGCGUAAAGAGCUCUGCAAUUGGUCCAAAGGUUUACAAAUUCGACACAACUUAUCUCACUUUGAGAUGUGGACAAGAGAAAAAUCAAUGGAUGAAACCUCCAUUGAAGUUACCCUUCAGCCAAUAAUUCAGGCAGCUCAAUUACUACAAGCUAGAAAAUCCGAAGAAGAUGUCGGAAGCGUCUCUGAAAUGUGUAGCGCUUUGACACCACUGCAAAUUUGCAAAAUAUUGAAUUUGUACACACCAGUUGAUGAAUUCGAACAGAGGGUGCCGGUUUCCUUCAUCAGGAAAGUGCAGGCUAAGCUGCAGGAGAGACCUCAAAGCCAAGAACAACAGACGCUUCUUAUGGACGUUAAAUUUAGAUUCCCCGUUAGGUUCUACUUCAAUCCAUCGGUCAUUUGUCUGGAAGACAUAGAAGUCCCCGAUACGCUAAAACUGCCUAUGCUAGAAAAAAUAUAAACACCCUUAACUUAUUAGUGAUAAAAAAUCGUUUAAAACGCUUUACCAGACCAGAGUAUAUUUAUAUUAUAGAUUGUUUAAUUAUUUAUUAGGUAUUUAUUACCUACAUAAGUCUAUGUAUACCUUCUACAAUUACAUUGUUGUGUUUCUGUUACCUCUAUUAAAAAGAUAAAAACUAUAUUGCCCUUAGAAAAUGUAUAAACGUACUCUAUUUAGAUUUUUAAUAAAGAUAUUUAAGAGCUAGUCACUGUUAAAUAUAUUUUUAUCUAUAAAAUUACUGAAAUCAAAUUAUUAGGCCUUACUUUUUUUCUUGUAUAGAGAAAUUCUACCAGAAAGUAAUACAAACUAUUUACCAGA